AUGUCUACACAAGUUCCCGCGAGCGACGCCGGCAAGGAGCUGAAGCUCCUGCAUUACAUCUAUGGGCAACCAAAUCUGGAUGAAAUCCGGGGCCAUCCCCAAAAAGUGAUCGAUCUGAUCCAUGAGUUUGAGAAAAACUACCGUUUCAUGAUUAUUGGCGCCGAAAAGGGCAAAUUCAUCACCAAACUUAUCGAUGAACAAAAGCCAAAGACCAUGAUCGAGUUGGGUUGCUAUGUGGGCUACUCUGCGAUCUUGUUCGGCGAUGCGGUCCGUCGAAAUGGUGGUGAACGCUACUUGAGUCUCGAGUUGAACCCAGAGUUUGCCGCAAUUGCCAAUAUGCUCGUCGAGCUAGCUGGAUUGCGUGACUUUGUGCGUAUCAUCGUCGGUCGAAGCGACUUGUCGCUACACAAACUCCUCACCUCGGGCGAGGUGAAAGAAGUGGAACUUCUCUUCCUCGAUCAUUACAAACCGGCGUAUACCACUGACCUCAAGAUUUGUGAGCACUUUGGGGCCAUUGUGCCUGGUUCGGUACUCGCUGCUGACAAUGUCCUUUACCCGGGCAACCCACCAUAUCUGGAAUAUGUCCGCAGCACGGUGGAACAGAAGCGUGAAGCAGCCAAGGCUGGACCUUCUCAGGUUUAUAACACUACCGGGAUUGCCGAACGUGCGGUCCAGUCCUAUGUGGAGAAAGAUGACGUGCCCACUUUCCGAUUUGUCGGGAACCCGAACUUGGUGUAUGAGAGUCAGUUAUGCCAACCCGAGGGAUUGCGGGAUGCUGUUGAAGUCACGAGCAAGAUUUACAAUGUCGGCGUUGUCGGUUACGGCUUUAGCGCAAAGAUCUUCCACAUUCCCUUCGUGAAGGAGGUUCCUGAGCUCAAGCUCUACGCAGUUGUCCAGCGCACCCCGAAGCAGGAUGAUGAUGCCGAGAAGGACCACCCCGGCGUGAAGUCGUUCCGUACCACUGAGGAGAUGGUCCAGGACCCCGCAAUCGACGUGGUGAUCAUCACUACUGCCCCCGAUUCUCACUUCGCGCUGUCUAAGCUGGCGCUGGAGGCUGGCAAGCACGUCGUCUGCGAGAAGCCCUUCACCCCCACCACCCAGGAAGCCGAUGAACUCGUCGCCAUUGCGAAGAAGAACAACAAGCAGCUUGCCGUGUUCCAGAACCGCCGCUGGGAUGCCGACUUCGUGACCCUCUCCAAGCUCGUCAAGAAUGGCUCACUCGGCCGCAUCUCCGAAUUCGAGACCCACUUCGACCGCCACCGUCCCGAGGAGCCGGCCUCCGACUCUCACAAGUGGAAGAACAAGGUCAUCCCUGGUGGCUCAGCGAUCUAUGACCUUGGAACCCACCUUCUGGACCAGGUCGUGCACCUGCUCGGUCUCCCCGCGCGGGUGACCGGUUUCAUUGGCUCCGCCCGGGAGGCCAACUCAUCUUCUUACGAAGACUCCUUCACUGUUCUGCUGCAUUAUGCUAACGGCACAUUGGCCACUGCCAAGGCGACCGUGGUCAGCCCCGAGGAUGAGCAGCUGCGCUUCUGGGUGCGGGGUGACAAGGGUAGCUUCAAGAAGUACCACCUUGAUAUCCAAGAAGAUCAACUCAAGGCCGGCAUCAUGCCCCAAGAUAAGGGCUAUGGCCGUGAGCCCCGUGAGCGUUACGGUGCUCUGACUACUAUCAAGGACGGCAAGCCCGUCAAGGAAGUGGUCCCCACCGUGGAGCCCCCCACCUACACUGAGUACUACCGCAAGCUUGUCCGCGCUCUUAACGGCGAGGGUGAUCUCCCUGCCAGUGGCGCGGAGGCCCGCGAGGUCAUUCGUUUGAUCGAGUUGGCUCGUGAGAGUUCCCGCACUGGACGUACUUUGGACGUAUCUCCAAUCAUGUCCGCUCUCAAAGCAGUUGACUGGAUUUUCCCCGUCACAAUACUUAUGAUGGACGUCAAAUCGCUACCAGAUUUCCGAUUCUUCCCAUAUCCAGUCGAAUCUAAAGAACUGCUACCACCAGAUGACCCAAUUACCCUCAACAUUUCGUCGUCAUGGACUUACUGCGGGCCCCUCUUGACCCUUGAAUCAUGUAAACUGCCAUCCUCCUUCAAUACAUGGGCAGAAUCCACCAUCAACGGCUCAAUAAUGCCCUCAUUGUUCUCCUUCCUGACAUACGUCCACGAUUUCCUGACCAGAAACAACCAAUCCCACUACUGGCUCACAAUCAGAGCAAGUAAAGGCUCAGACGAAUUCGACAUCCCACGCUGGCACACAGACGAUUUAUUCUUCUCUCCACUCAGGCCACCAAUAAACCAUAGACGUGAAUCCCUCUUCUCACCAAUCACUAACCUACUCAAAUCCACCUGGACAAGACCAACAACAAACCAAGACCUCUCGACCCCAAUCCUAACCUCCAAACUUCAAACCAAGCAUCAUGAACAUCACCCAGCACUCACACCUACACCCCCAACCGCCCAAAUCCCCUCUACAAGUCCGACCCCAACAAACUGGAAACUCACAACAACCCUCCUAGGCCCAGGAACCCUAUUCAUUCCACCGGCAACAAACCACCUAGCCCGCGCCACGCAGCAAGCGGCCAAAACCGCUGCCCGCACCGCACACCCAAACCAUAUCUGCGUCUCUGUGCGCUGUGUCGGGUGCGCCAUGGCGGCAGAGUCGGUGCGAGAACGGCUGGCCGUUGAGCUAGGCGCACAUGGGACUGUGCAGGCGUCAGCGGGGGAGUGUGUUUUCUUCCGGGUUGGCGAGGACGAGGGCGCGGUGCAUUCUGAGCCGCGAUCCCAUGGGGAUCGGGUUUUUGUUAAUGUUAUUCCUGGUCAUGAGGCGGAUCUUAGGGCGCUUAUGGCGAAGUGGGGGAUGGAGUAUCCGCGGGCUUGUAAAACCUACCAGAGCCUAGAGCAUAUCUGCCAUUCACAGCAGAAUUCCAGCAUGGCGUCAUCUCCACAUGGGCCCGUGACGCUAUCCCACCCGACGACCUGGAAUUUUGACAUCGAUCGGUAUGUGAAUCCGUUCGUGCCAGCACCACGAUGGCAUCUCAUACCAAAGCCUUUCGCCUAUAUGCUGGGAUAUCGGGAGAGACCACCCAAGCCAAUAGGCAACAUCGUGAUCGCGUUGUGGUCGUUGGUUGGAGCGUUUUGUGGGGUGGCUUUGGUGGCAUCUGUUUCGAAACGGGUACCUUCUUUUGAAGCGCGUGAUGCAACAGUUAUUGUUGGCAGUUUUGGUGCGGCGGCAGUUAUUGAAUUCGGUGCGAUCGACUCGCCCUUCGCACAACCACGCAAUGCUGUCCUGAGCCAGGUCAUCGCCUGCUUUUUCGGCGUUGGGAUAUCGAAGUUGUUCGCCUUGGACCCUCGUGCUGAAUCGUAUACUGAGCUUGGGGGUGCUCUGGCUUGCGCUCUUACCACGGCUGUCAUGAUUCUCACCAAAACUACACACCCGCCCGCGGGUGCAACUGCUCUUCUGGCUGUGACACACUCUCAAACUGUUGCUUUGGGCUGGUUUUUGUUCCCGGUCAUGUUGCUUGGAGUCACACUUAUGCAGGCUGCGGCCGUGGUCAUCAACAAUAUCCAGCGUCGGUAUCCGCUGUACUGGUGGACAUCACAUCCUCUUUCACGGUCUCGAGGGGAUGUUGAAAAGGCGAUUCAAAAGGAAACAACUAGUGUCACUAGUCAUUAUGAGGAUAGUCUGACUGAUGUUCCUCGACGGUUGGUUGUAGAACAUGGUGAUAUUUUGGUGCCUGAUGGGAUAUUGCUUUCUGCCGAGGAGCACGAAGUAUUGCUGAAGAUUAGUGAAAGACUUUGA